UUGUGAAUACAAUGCCUUGGGAGGUGAAACAUUAGGGGUACGAAAUGACCGAGCCCAUGUUGACUAAGCACAAUCCGGUGGAGUCGGCCACGUCCUGUCUCGCUCACCCUCGCUCCUGUUUAGUUUGACAAUGGCUCUUCCACAAAGCAUGAAGAUUGAACCCAUUGUGACACAGGAAAAAGACUAUGGGUCAGAAAUGGGCAUGCUUCGUCGUGCCCCAGCCACAUCAGUGGCGCAUCCUCUCGAGGCAUCUGAGCGAUCAUACCAUAAGCGCCAAGAUGAGCUGAGGAUGACAUCUGCUAAUAGAGCUUUUGGGCUUGGUUUUGCUCUCCAUCUUCGUCACGAAAGAGCUGCUGCUGGCUGUCCUGCUAUUGGUCAUUUAGGCUUCCUGCCAAAAUCUAAUGCCCAUAUUCAGGCAUUAACAGGUCGGGACUUGGACUUGGAUUUCACGGAUACCCUCGGCUUGGAGCCAGAACUAGCAAGUAAUCCCCAUUUAUACAUGGAGAAGAUGCAGCAACAAUCAUUAUUUGGUAUAUAAAAAUGUUAAAUAAGACUCGCUUAUCGUGAAAUACUGCUUUAAGAAUUACUGGAUAAUGCAGAAUUAUCUAAUAUGAAGAACUGUAAUGAAUAAAUUUGCAUAACUUUUGCAUUUCCAUGAGAUAUAAGUGUGUUUUUUACUAUGAUUUCAAAUGUUUAGUCAUAGUUAUAUUUUUUGUCUUCUGUAAUUUUUAAAGCUUCUUGUACUAACUGAAAAGGUAGAAAAUAAAUGACACAAAAAGAA